AUGACCACGAUGAAGAUGAUGAAAGACAACAACAAGAACAACAACAACAACAACAACAACAACAACAGCAUUAAAGCUUCGAAUGCUGUUGACCAAUCUUCUUCUUCAGUACUAGAGUUUGUCUCUUUUCUUGGCCAAGGCGCUUUCGGUUCCGUCGCUCUCAUGAAAGACUCCCAAAACCAGUUACAAGCUCAGAAAUCAACUCCGAUAGCAUACAUGGGGAGUCUCAAGAAAGAGCAUAGGAUCAUGCUUCGUUUCCGUAACCAUCCACGCAUCGUCCAAACCACAAACCCUAAUCUUCACAUAAGCACCAACCUCGACCGUUGCUGCAUCUACAUGGAGUUUGCAUCCAAAGGCACUCUCCACAACUUCAUCUCCAACUUCAAUGGCCAACCAAUCCCUGAGGUUAUGAUCCGACGCGCUGCGCAUAUGAUUCUUCAAGGACUUGAGGCUCUUCACUCUAACGGCUACGUUCACUGCGACCUCAAGCCGGCCAACGUUCUCAUCUUCCCUUCCAAGGCUGUUGGAGAGCCUUGGGAACUCAAGCUCGCUGACUUCGGUUUGUCCAAGGAGCCUUCUUGUAUGGAUGCAAGAUCCUUGUCUGGUGGUACAAAGGCGUACAUGCCCCCUGAGUCUUUGGGACCCAACAGAGUGGAGACGAUUGAAUCGGCUGUUGACAUGUGGUCUCUAGGGUGUGUUGUGGUUGAGAUGUUUGGAGGCUAUUCUGUGAAGAUGGGAGAAUGCUAUUACAAGUGGAGGCUUCCUAUACUUGUGUCUCCGCUGGCCGACGACUUCUUGCAGCGGUGCAUGGCGUUGGAUCCCUCGCAAAGAGCCACCGCUGCAGAUCUGUUGAAACAUCCUUUUGUGAUGUCCUCCUUCCGUCACAAGAUACAAUAA